AUGGCCUAUUUCCCAGAACUCCGGGUUUUCAUGAAAAGCGUCUUCCAUAACUCAACCGCUCAGCGACUGGCUCAAGAUAUGAUGUCUGUCGGUAAAAGAGCGCGCGUCGAUGUGUCUGCAUAUAAUGUUGUAUCCGUUUCGAACCUAAGGGAUCUCCUUCCAGAUCGAUCGACCACCGACCGGCUCGUACAGAAAUAUCUUGAUACCUUUGAGACAACGUACAGAAUCGUGCAUAUACCAACAUUCCAGGAAGCAUAUGAGCGAUACUGGGACGUUGAAAAUCCUGAUAUUGCAGAUAUGGAUGCCGUCGUACUUUCAAUCCUAGCGUAUACUAUGGUAGGGCCAGUUGCCAAGACAGUAUUAGAAAGCUGUGCACAGCAGGCACUUCACCUCCAAGAAGAGAGAGCAAUGUUGGCUGGUCGUGGUUGUCGGCAGUAUUGGGUUCUGAGUGCUGCAGUUGGGUUGGUCAAUCUACAGUUCGAGCCUCUACGAGCCGACGCCGUCAAGCUUCAGGCAAUAGACCAAGUUUCACGCUUAUUGUACAAGAUGCUUUCUCGACAAGAUAUUAGUGGACAGCCUCCUGCCAAUGAGGUUCUGCUUCAGGACGCUCCACGAGCAACCAAACAGAUCAAUGGCCACUCCGGUCACUCCGCUGAAGCACUAUCGACAGAUUCUUUCGCCGACGCUGGACUGCGCAUUGAUGCCUUUGACUUCGGUGAGACAUCAGAGUGGAUGCUAGACGACUUCUGGUUUCUCAACGAGCCGUUCGAAAGCGGAAGUCAAACCCACUACUUAUUCUGA